GUCACCAUGGAAACAAAUGAAAAACAGCAAAAUCUCAUUAAACUGGAAGCAAAAAAUGAGCAACUGACUUUGGAGAAGAGAGAUGUACAAACUCAGAAUGAAGAUCUGAUGAUGAACAUGACAAAACUAGAGAAUCAAAAUGAGCAGCUGACUUUGGAGAAGAAGUUUUUUGAGAACCAAACCAAGGAGAUGACGGUUAACAUGACAGUCCUACAAAAGCAGAUCGAGCAGCUGAGAAACAGCAGUGACAGACACAACAGGAUGAAGGCAGCAAUCUUCAAAUACACCAACUUUCCAGUAGAUCUCUUCUGUCCUGAUGGAGUUUGUCAGACGUGUCCCAAAGACUGGAUUCAGUUUCAGGAAAGCUGCUAUUAUUUUGAUAAGUUAAACUCUCCAUGGAAAACAUGGAAUGGAAGUCGACAGUUUUGUCAAAGCAAGAAAUCAGACCUGGUGGUUAUCAGCAGUCAGGAGGAACAGACAUUCAUCAAAAGCAGAAUAGAAAACUACUAUGACACCUGGCACGGAUACUGGAUUGGUUUACGAAGAAUUAACAACAACUGGACCUGGGUGGAUCAGAGUCCAGACACACUUGGGUACUGGAAGGACCCAGAGAGCUCAGAAGAUUUUGUAGUUAUAGUCCAUGAUGGUCCUUUGAACCAGAGCUGGGUUCAAGCCAGGAAUAGCUUUCGGAACAGAUUCAUCUGUGAGAUUAAAGCUUUCAUUUUCUGAUUA